GUGUUAGAACGGGUCGACAGAGGGCGACAUAAAUUUUUUGAGUCGUGGUGCUUGGUUCCACUGGUGGCCAAUCCCGGAAGUUGGUGACGUCUCCAGACAAAACAAAGAUGGCAGGAAUGGGAAGCAGCAACUAUUGGGAAGAUCUACGAAAACAGGCCAGGCAGUUGGAGAACGAACUGGACCUGAAGUUGGUUUCCUUCAGUAAACUGUGUACCACCUACAACAGCUCCAGAGAUGCACGGUCUGACACCACACCAUUGCUAAAUAACUCCACACAGGACAGGAUGUUUGACACCAUGUCAGUGGAGAUGGAGCAGCUCCUGGCCAAACUGGUGACAGUAAAUGAUAAGAUGGCGGAGUACACAACUGCUCCGGGCACCGCUUCGCUGAAUGCCGCACUCAUGCACACCCUCCAGAGGCACAGAGACAUUCUGCAGGAUUACACACACGAGUUCCACAAAACCAAAGGAAACUUCUUAGCGAUCCGCGAACGGGAAGACCUAUUAGGAUCCGUCAGAAAGGAUAUCGAAAUGUAUAAAAGCGGUUCUGGUGUCAACAACAGAAGAACGGAGCUGUUUCUGAAGGAACAUGAGCAUCUGAGAAACUCCGACCGACUGAUGGACGACACAAUAAGCAUUGCCAUGGCGACCAAGGAGAAUAUGACAUCCCAAAGGGGCGUGCUGAAAUCCAUACAGAGCAGAGUCAACACGCUGGCCAACCGCUUCCCAGCCAUCAACAGCCUCAUCCAGCGGAUCAACCUCCGGAAGAGACGGGACUCCCUCAUCCUCGGCACUGUGAUCGGCGUCUGCACCGUUCUCCUCUUGCUCUACGCUUUUCACUGAAUAUUUACAAGGAGCACAGAGGUGGGCCCUUUUGUAACGUACGUCUGCCAGGAAACCGGUUCACUGACUGAGGACCUUGGAGAAUCCUUAGCACGAGGACGUGAGGUCUGCCUGACGAGAUCUACUGAACUUUAUCUAUCUAGCUUUGGGACAGAUGGACAACUUACUGGUCGGCGGAAUGUUUCCGGCGACGAGACACACAAAAAACUAAAGUACUAAUAACUCCAGACUUGUAUUUAACUCACUUGAAGAGACAAAAGUGCUGGAAAACGUCAUGAUUUUUUUUUUUUUUUUUUGUCCACAUUGGGGAGAUUUUUAUUUCAAUGAUUCUUUUUAAUAGAUGUUUAAGUUUGUAAUGGAGUUUAAUGUGAGUCAAUAAAUUAUUCAUAUCCAUUUAUUAUGAAAAUUUA